AUGAAAAGUUUGAUGGCCACACGCAGGAAUGGACUCCUGUGGGGCUCUGGUGCAUCUUUGGACAGCACGCAAUGUCAUGUAAUUUUAAAACACAUAUUUUAUUUUGUAGCAGAGUGGCGUCUCUUCUGUGUGCGCGGAGAGCUCCCUGAGGAAGGCUCUCUGUUGGAAGUGGAUUGCUGCUGUGCAGGUCUGAGGUCCAGGGGCUCUGUCGUCCUGCUCAGCAGCCAGCAGGGGCUGAUGUACCUCUGGACGGGCGGUAAGGCUCACAGCGGCUCCAGAGAGGUCAGCAAGAGGGCAGUGGAGCAUCUCACUCAAACGUGUCCACCAGAGCUGGGUCUCAGUAAAAGCAGCCCUGUGAAGGUGCAGGUGGUGGAGGAAGGCUCAGAGCCGGCAGAGUUCUGGACAGCACUGGGACAAAUGGACAGGAAGGCGUAUGACUGCAUGCUGCAAGAUCCCGGAAAGUAUAACUUCACACCUCGCCUCUUCCACCUGAGUGCCUUCUCUGGGAGUUUCCAGGCUGUCGAGCUGCAGAGUCCAACUCGGCUGCCGGGGGUCGUGAUGCCAUCGCCCUUCGUCCAGGAGAGUCUGUACUCUGUACCACAACCAGCCUUGUUCCUGCUGGAUAACCGUCUGGAGGUGUACCUGUGGCAGAGGGGUCAGCCUGAGCAGACGGAGAGCUCGGCCUCAGCCUGGAGCUGCUGGCAUGCUGAGAGGAGGUGUGCCAUGCAGACGGCGCUGCAGUACUGCAAGGAGAUGAACCCAAGACGUCCACCACAGGCUUACCUAAUUGUUGAGGGUUUAGAACCUCUUACCUUCACUAAUGUGUUUCCCCACUGGGAAAAGAGCCUGGGACCCCAUCCACAGGGUGAUGCGGGGCGGGUGAAGCUGACCUUGGUGCAGGACGCCCUGGCCCAGCUGAUGAAGACCCAGUACCCUCUGGAGGAGCUGCUGCAGAGCCCCCUGCCUGAAGGAGUGGACCCCCAGCACCUGGAAGUCUACCUGUCUGAUCACGACUUCCAGACUAUUUUGGAAAUGAAGAGAGAUGAAUACGCUUCCCUCCCAGACUGGAAGCAAAUUGAUCUGAAGAAAAGCAAAGGGCUGCUUAGCUAGACAGCAAAAACAAAUGGAGGCUGACUGAUGCUCCUGCAGCAGGGACUUCCUCCUCCACUGAGAAGAGAAGAUGGCAGGGGGGUAUUAGCACCGCGUUGCUGCACAAAGGACUGCUCACACUGUUAUAAAAAGAGGAAAGAAAUUAAAUUUUAUUUAUGUCAAACUAGUAUGAGUGUUUGGACUUUUUAUCAGACAUGCAUUUCUCUGUGGCUAUUGUUCAGAGCAAAAAACAACACACUUUUUCCUAUUAAAGUAAACUUUAUCUGUACAAAUCAUUGAAAGAUAUAAAGAAAAUGUAUGAGGGUGUGAGCGAAGGACAUCAGUAAUAAACUGUGGAAUAAGGAUAAGAAAACAAAGGAAUACAUACAAAAGAAUAAAAGGCUAACUACUUUUAAAGAGGUUUCCUCCUCGAUUGAGAUCUUUCCAUCAAAAUAUCUCUGCAUGCUCGGAACUAAAGUUUUGCUUAAUUUCAGUUGAAAGACUUUCAGCUGCUGCUUCUCUUCCUGAUUGUCACUACAAUCUUAAAAACAGUGUAUUUGACUCCUAUGAUGUGUAUUAUACAGUUGUUAGAGCUACUGGUGUGUUCAUUUGUCUGCCUGCUUUGUGUGUACAGUACAAAGGUUUGUGCCAUGUGUAUUUUAGCUUAAGCCCAUGUGUUCAUUGUUGCUGUGGGUAAUGCCUUAUUAGGACUCCUUGGGGAUUCCGUAUUAGCUAUGCAUGGGGGAGCAGGUAGACAUGCUCCAAUAACAUCCCUCUGGCCCCAAAAAACACGCUAAUUCUGCUGCACCUCAAUCACCACGCUGUUCACAACACCCCGCCUAACACAAAAACCUAUAAAGACAUACGGCAUCACUAUUGUGUGUGAAAGCUCAAUAUUUCUGAUAAUGGUAACACUGAGCUGAUGGUGAUUAAAAAUGUUUUGAUGUA